AUGGGGCACACUGUGGACGAAGUCGACCGCUGGUUCGAGGGCGACGAAGGACGUUCGUCCUCGAGCGCGUCGGACUUUGACUGGGAUAAGACUGCGCGCCUGAUAUGUGCCGUGCUGCUGCCCCCUCUCGGCGUGUUCCUCGAAACGGGCUGCAAUAAGGAUCUCGCCAUAAACGGACUCUUGACGCUCUUUGGCUACAUUCCGGGCAUCAUCCAUGCGGUUUACGUGAUCUGCGUGAGCUAA